UAAAGUCUCAGUUCCAUUAACCUUCAAAAUUUUCCGAUUAUAUGGGCUGCAAUAUAAGCCUGGCCCAUUUAAACAACGUUGCGACACGUGUAGGCGACCACGUUCUUCACGUUCCUUAACACCUUCCUUUCUCACUUAGGAAAAUUCUUCAAACUACGAAGAAUAACAGAUUCAGAUCUAAACCUUUGAUCCACCGAUCUAAACAAUGGCUCUCGAAUGGGUUGUGCUAGGCUACGCCGCAGCUGCCGAAGCGAUCAUGAUCGUGCUUCUCACGAUGCCGGGGCUCGACGGACUCCGCAAGGGACUCGUCGCCGUCACGCGCAACCUCCUCAAACCGUUUCUCUCCAUCGUCCCGUUCUGUCUCUUCCUGUUGAUGGACAUCUACUGGAAGUACGAGACGAUGCCUUCGUGCGACGGAGAUUCGUGCACGCCGUCGGAGCACCUCCGUCACCAGAAAUCGAUGAUGAAAUCGCAGAGAAACGCGAUUUUGAUUGCGGCCGCGCUUGUGUUUUACUGGAUCUUGUUUUCGGUUACUCAUCUUGUGGUGAAGAUCGAGCAGCUUAACCAGAGGGUUGAGAGGCUCAAGAACAAGGAUUGAUCCGUCGUCUCAGGUGGAUUCUAGUGUAAUGCCUUUUCGGUUUUACUGUUUGCUGUUUCAGUGCUUUUGAUUUUGUGCGUUUGUUUUCUGGACAUUGAAUUACUUUUAUAAGCUUGUUUGCAUUGAGAUUGAGUUAUAAUCGUCUCUUCAGUGACUCAUUGGUUUUAUUGAAAUCAGCAUUGGUUGAUCCUAUGACACACUAAGACAUAGCUUAGGCUGCAGUUUUGAUAAUCAGGUAAAUU